UUGUUCCAAAGUUGCCACAUAUUUGUAGUUGUUUAGCUUAUCAUAAUUUCCAAAUUUAGAAAGGAAAAGAAAGAGAGAAGGAAAUGAAUAACAUUAUGAAGUUAGAGGCACUUCUAAGGGUUGGUGCAACCUUGCUCUUACUCACCGCUGCUCUUUUGGUUCGAUUUGAUACCCAAACCAGCCUUAUCUUCACCUCCUUCUCAAGAACUGCUUCUUUCAAAGACUUGAAGGCUCUCUAUGUUUUGGUGUUCAUAGACAUAGCAGUUGCCGGAUAUAACUUGGUUCAACUAGUACUCAGAUUUCUACUUUCUUCACAUUUAAAACAAGACAUCAAGAAAGGUUCAUACUACAAACAUCUUGCGUGGCUCUCUUUCUUAUUCGACCAGGCAGUUGUGUAUUUGGUAUUUGCAACACACACAGCUUCUCUCACGGCCUCAUUAUUUGCAGUCACCGGCGAACAUCAUUUGUUUUGGAUGAAACUAUGCAACAAGUUCAACCGAUUUUGCACUCAAAUUGGUGGCGCGAUCCUUUGCGGUUAUGUUGCAUUCUUGUUGAUGGCUAUAGUUACUUUCCUUUCGGCUUAUGGUCUACUUAGACACUAUUCACCCAAAAGAUUUCUUCUUCUAAAGUAAAUUAAAAACAUAUGUUAGAGUAAAAGAAAGUUCAACAACUUUAUAUAUUGUAGACUUGGUUGAUCUUUCUAUGCAUUAAUCUAGAAGGGUAUAAAUGUAUAAUGCGAAGAGAUUAAAUAAUGUACCUUUGGUUGGUGUUACACGUGAUUUAUGGCAGGCCGGGUUAGGUUGUGGUCAAUUUAUAUGUAAUGAAGUUCUACAGUUUGUGUUUUA